AUGGAACAUAUGACAACUUAUAACAUUGGUGUUCAAACAACACAACGAGAACUUGCGGUUUUAAACCGCAAAACGCGGUCGGUUUGCGAUUUCAAAAAUUACCAAACAGCAAAUAAUCGGUCGGGUUGCGGUUUGAGUAAAAAUUCGCGGUUACCGAACCGCAACCACCCCUACUUGAGACACAAUAGGGCAGGGCUUGUGGCUCAAGUGGUUAAGAGUAUUUCAAAUCCCAAAAAUACAUGGAUUCACAUUUGUAAACUACAACAAAAUAAAUGCAACGGGCGCAAACGGAACAAGAAUGGCAAGCAAAUGUACUGUCACCAAAGCUUUCACAAGAGUGGAGCUCUGAACUGGCUUGCAGUCUCAACAGCAGCAGUUUUGAUAAGACUAGAACUAUAUGAACAAGCUUGA